AGAGAGAGAAAGGUGUCUCCUGAAGCAGGAGGUGAAGCUGAAGCAAAACAAAAUAAAAGCUCACCUCUUUCCCUUUCUUCUCUUUCUUUCUUUCUUCUUUUCUUCUCUUUCUUUCUCUGUGCAUAGUUUUUCACACUUCAAAAACACAACAGGAACUCCAUUUUUGUUUUUUCUCUUUCUCUCUCUCUGAGAGCACUCACAUUCACGAGAUCCUCAUAUUGUGAGAGAAGAGAAUUACGAAAGGGAGAGUUUUUAAGAUACCCUUCUUCUUCUUGUUUCGGAGGGUAAGAAGAAGGAGAAAAAGGGGUGAAGAAAAAUGUCACAUUCUGGGAAACCCGUGUCCGAGUUAGGGCUGAGCGACAGGUUGCGCGACUCACUGAGUUGCUCUGAUGAUACCAACAAGCCCGAUUUCAGAGAACUCGAUUUGGGUUCGCCGGUUUCUACAUUGCGGCCACGCCAGCAGUUCCACCACCACAGUGCGCCGACGAGUAGUAACAGUAGCAGUAGUAGCGGCGGCUCGACCGGGUCGGUUCCGGGUCGGAGCAACCCGGUUUCGGGUAGAUCCCAUUCUGGUGAGUUGUCCGGGUCGAGUGAGACUAAUAGUCCGACCCGGGUUUCCAAACCGGGUCACCGGAGAUCUAGUUCUGGUCAGAGUUUGAGUCGGAGUCAGAGUCAGAGAUCCCCGUCGUCGUCCUCGGCUGCCGUGAAUUCCCCGCCACUGAAUGUUCUCCCGGCUGGGAACAUUUGCCCGUCAGGGAGGGUUCUCAAGGCGGCGACGGUGGCAGCAGCGGCGAGCCGGAGCUCCAGGAGUGAUGUCUUGGGGUCGGGCACGGGGAAUUACGGCCACGGGAGCAUAAUGCGUGGCGGCAAGGGGGGUGGUGGGAACAGCGGUGGUGGUGAUGCGUCGAGUGUUAAGAUCGGCGGCGGCGAUUCGGGGAAGCGCGUGGAUCCGGAGGAGGUGAAGAGGAUGGGGAAUGAGGAGUUCAAGAGAGGGCACUUUGGUGAGGCUUUGUGUUUGUAUGAUCGGGCAAUUGCGAUGUCUCCGGGCAAUGCCGCUUACCGGAGCAACCGGGCGGCAGCAUUGACUGGAUUGGGACGACUGCCGGAGGCGGUGAGGGCGUGUGAGGAGGCUGUGGGGUUGGAUCCUAAUUAUGGGAGGGCGCAUCAGCGCUUGGCAACCCUGUUUUUAAGGUUAGGACAGGUUGAGGAUGCAAGGAAGCACCUUUGUUAUCCUGGGUUGCACCCGGAUCCUGCUGAGUUGCAGAAGUUGCAAAUUGUGGAAAAGCAUAUUAACAAAUGUGGAGAUGUUCGGAGGAUAAGAGAUUGGAACAGCGUACUGAGGGAGGUUGAUGCUGCUGUUGCUGCUGGGGCAGACUCUUGUGUUCAGCUCUUUAUGUGUAGAGCUGAAGCCCUUCUCAAGCUACACCAGAUGGAUGGUGCUGAAUCGUGUUUAUCAGGGAUUCCCAAAAGCGAGCAGCGUCCCAGUUCCUUAUCACAGGCAAGAUUUUUCGGGAUGUUUUCUGAGGCUUACUGCUACUUUGUUAGAGCUCAGAUUGAGAUGGCUUUUGGAAGGUUUGAGAAUGCAGUUACAGCUGCUGAGAAAGCUAGUCAGAUAGACCCCAGAAAUGUUGAAGUUGCUGUUUUGCUCAAGAAUGUGAGGAUGGUGGCUAGAGCUAGACUACGUGGCAAUGAUCUUUUUAAAUCAGAAAGGUUCACUGAGGCAUGCUCGGCAUAUGGAGAAGGUUUGAGGCUUGACCCUUCAAACUCUGUUCUCUAUUGCAAUAGAGCCGCAUGUUGGUUUAAGCUUGGGCAAUGGGAAAGAUCAAUCGAGGAUUGCAAUCAAGCUUUACGCAUCCAACCAAAUUACACAAAAGCCAUUCUUCGAAGGGCUGCCUCAAAUAGCAAGUUAGAAAGAUGGGAAGAAGCAGUGAAGGAUUAUGAACUAUUGCGGAGAGAAUUGCCAGAUGACAAUGACGUUGCCGAAAAUCUGUUUCAUGCACAAGUAGCACUAAAGAAAUCUCGUGGGGAAGAAGUACGUAAUUUAAAGUUUGGUGGUGAAGUGGAGGACAUAUCAGGUCUUGAGCAGUUUAGAGCUGCAAUAUCUUUACCGGGUGUUUCUGUUGUCCAUUUUGAAACUGCAUCAAACUUGCAAUGUAAGCAGAUAUCUCCUUUCGUGGUUACACUCUGCAGUCGCUAUCCAUCUAUCAACUUUCUUAAGGUGGAUAUUCAAGCAAGCCCUGCAGUUGCCUCUGCUGAGAAUGUUAGAGUUGUACCAACCUUCAAGAUCUACAAAAAUGGCAGUCGAGUGAAGGAAAUUAUAUGUCCUAGUCAUGAUAUGUUGGAACACUCUAUUAGGCAUUACAGCUUGUAGAACUCCUGACCUUGUACUGCUUUUGAUGAUGAUGUAUACUGCCCCACCAUGCUGCAAAAAUCUCCACAGUUCAUCCAGCCUUAUGAUCCCCUCACAAAAGUGGCCCUUGAUACCUGUGACAUAUUCAGAAACCACGUAAUAAUCUUGUUAGCAGACAGUGCCAGUGGAACCAGAACAUGAUCUAGUUCCUUUUGCAGUUGUUAUUUAUUCAUUCAUUCCUAAUUGCUUUCUGGUUCCAUGUUCCUCCCUCCCACUUUCCCUUUGUCAAUUUCCCCCCUUUUUCUUCUCCUUUUUCAGUUUCCUUAUGGGUGAACAAAAGGGAGGUUUUAUGUCUUUACAAUCGAUUAAAUUGUCAGUUUAUAUUUUCCUGUAAGAUAGACAAAAAGGGAGAGGAAGUUGGUCUGCUGCUUGAGGGGAGGAUUGUGUACAUGUAUAUAUAUGUGUUCAUUAUAUACCAAACACUGGAAACCUUAGAGAGGGAAAUAGGAUGAGUGGUGGGUUUAAUGGGGUUGGUGAAAUGAGGUUGAAUAUGUUGUUAGCUACUAUUAUUUUUCUGUCUUAGCCAUUUAAUCAAUAAAAUUUAUCAUUUUUUUCUGCUGUUCCAA